CUAUCAUAAACCCAGCUGAUAAUCACAAAUAGAAUAUUUUGUUCUCGUAGCUUUAUCAUUCAUUUAAAAGUAGAGUAUGAUUAGAAUAAAUUUAUAUUUUUUUAAAAUGAUUCGAUUGGAGAUGAUCUAAUAAGAAGGCUCUACCUGAUCAUCUACCAACUUUUUAUAUAGGGUUUUCCAUUUUCUCUUGUUCAGUUGUUGGCUUAGUUUGACAAACCUAUACCCUCACCAAACUCUAUCAAAACACAUGGUUAAACGAGUUGGUCCUCCGCCGUUCCUGAUUUCAGAUAUCGGACUUUUUUAUGUUCUUUUAUUCUUAUCUUUUUUUGUCUAUUUUGCGGUUGUUUGCCAACAACCAUCGCGACCUCAGCUGUUUGUCAGUUUCCGGGGAGAAGAACUACGCAACGGCUUCGUGAGCCAUGUAGUGAAAGCUUUGGAAGAUGCAAGGGUCAACGUUUUCAUAGAUACCCAUGAGCUGAAAGGGAGAUCCCUUGAAAACCUCUUCAAGAGGAUCGACGACUCGAAAAUAGCACUUGUGAUAUUCUCUGACCGGUUCUCGGAGUCAGAGUGGUGCUUAAAUGAGGUGGCGAGGAUAGAUAAGCGCGUGAAGGGCGGCAAACUCAGAGUGAUCCCUGUCUUCUACAGGGUGAACACAACCGACGUGAAAAGUUUCACAGGUAAAUUUGGAAGCUGUUUUGAAGAAACGGUGCAGAGACUGUCCUCUAAAGAGAGGAAUACCGCAGAAAGUUGGAAGAGUUCUGUGAAGUCUGUUUCCUCCAACACCGGCUUCACCUCACAAAGUAUCAGCAUUGAUAGCAAUCUUGUUGACGCGAUUGUUGAUGAUGUUAAGAGCCAGCUACCUCACAUGUUCACUGAAAAUAAAAUGUCGAUUCUAGAAGAGCUCUAUAUCGCUAUUGUUUUCGCUGCUUUCUAUAAGUUAGUAGCACCUAUAUUUUUCUCCGACACGAGUUUCUUCCAGACUCGUCAAUGGUUUGUGGGUGUUUCGUGUAUAGUUCUAGCCCACAGAAGGCUCCCCUUAACGCAAGUGUGAUCACGUGCUUUGACAUGAUCAGGUUCUUGCUGUACUUGUACCUCGCUCUCUCUCUGUGUGUAAUGCGUGCUUUGACAUGAUCAAGCUCUUUUGUUGUACUUGUACAUGUGUGUGUGUGAAUGCGUGCUUUGACAUGAUCAGGCUCUUGUUGUCUACUUAUUUUCUUGUGUGUGUUUGUUAUUGUCAGUACACGUUUGUUGAUGCCUCGUGUGAUUGUGAUUUGGUAAUUUCCGGUUUUUCCUUAACUAA